CGGAUUCGAUCGAAAUGGGCACCGAUGAUGAAAUGUCUGACGACGAAGAAGAAAUUCUCGUAUACGUAGAAUUCGAAGGACUUGCCGAUGGCAAUGUUUUCAGCGAAAAGCAGCUACAAUUAGAUAUGAUCGGUAUAGAUACGGAACAUCCUAUAAUGCAAAUCAAUGGGAAGUUUUACGAGGGUACUUAUGAAGAUGUUAUUGGUACUUAUAUGUUUUUCACGAAAAAUGAUAAUUCUAUAGUAGAUGAUCCUGUCUUUGAUGUUGCUCCCAAUUUUAAAUAUUUCGCUAAAACUAGGAAACUUCUGAAAAUGCAAAGAAUAUUCAUAAAAUCCAGAACAGAGGUCCUUGGUGAUUCUGAUAAUAAACAAUGCAUUCCAAAUUUAAAUACACUUAAACGUUCAGGAAUACCAUUUAAAUAUCAAAAAGAAGCACUUUCAUUUUGGGACACUAUGAGAAAUAAUAGAUUAAAUGCAUUACAUACGUAUUUAGAAAAACAGCGAAUGAGGGAACAAAAACAAUCUCAAGGUAUAAUGUUAGAAUCUGAAUCUGAUGAAGACAAUCCAUUUGCCAUAUAUACACAUAGAGAAGAGACCAGUAACUUAAACAAGUCUGAGAACAUCAGUGUUGAUUUAGAAAAGGAAUUAAGUUACUGUGAUAAUCAAAUUUAUCCACAAUUUAUGUACCCCAAAGAAAUUAAUAGUGAAAGUUCAGAUACCACAAAAGAUAGUUUGAAAAGUCAGAAACGCCUUAAGAAAUUUAAAACCUCAUCAGAAUCAGACCUUUCAGCCUCAAAAAGUGAUAGUUGUCACUUAAUUAAAUCCAGGAAAGGUUACAAAACUAAGGUAUCUCAGAAAAGAAAGCUAAAUACAAUUUGCAAUAGACAAAGAAUACAAUCAAGAAAGAAGCAAUUCUCAUUGAAAGAUAAGAGUGCACCACUUGAUGCAAAAGAAAGAGAAUUAUUAAAUUUUGAGAAAAAAUCAGAUGAAUUGGAUAAAUCUAAUAUUACAGAAACUUUUAAUUCUCUAGUGAUUAAUGAAAAUAAAAAUGCUGAGGGGAAUAACAAGUCUAAAACAGCAGUAAUUGAAAAGUCUAUAUUAACUUGUGAUCAAAUGGAUUCUAGUAACAGUAAAAUUACAAAACAACUUAAACGAGAAGCAAAAAUGAAAGAAAUUUCACAACAGUUGAAAACAAUUGCAGAAGAAUACUUAAAUGCAAAAACGGAUUGA